AUGGAUAACUUCUUUUCGAACCUCAUGGAUGCCCUACUCGUAAGCAGGGAGCAGCCGUAUGAUGUUGUGUUUUCUAUUGGGGGAAGCAAUUUCUGGGGGCACCAGGCUAUUUUGUCAACUCGGAGCAAGUACUUUGAGCGAAUGUUUGAUGGAUGUGGUCGCAAUACCGAUAAGGAAGUGGUAGAACUCCAAGGUUUGGACCCCGGAGUUUUUGAAGAAGUACUCCAGUACUUCUAUACAGAAGAAAUAUCUCUAAAUAAUGGCACGGUUUGCGGUAUCCUUAAAACAGCCAAUUAUUUGGAAAUGGAGUGCUUACGUUUGCGUUGCAAGAAAUAUUUGGAGACGGCCGUUAACAUCGAUGACAGUAUAGAUCUCUGGAAGUUGGCAGGGUCAAUAAAUGAUUCCGAAGUGGUGUCGAGUGUCCGCCAGUAUAUCAUUUCCAAUGUGUGUGACAUCAAACUUCUACCCAAAUUCCUUGAGCUUGAACUUGAUGAGAUGAAAAAAUUAGUCACCAGCGAAGGGUUGCAUUUAUCGUCAAGAUUAGUUGAAUUAAUGUAUGCAGGAAUUAUGGCGUGGAUAAACCACUCUAAUGAGCGAAAUGAGUAUUUGAUCGAGCUUCUGAAUCUUCUGAAAAUGGAGCACGUCAGCCGUGAAUUUUUCAACUCAGUGGUUUCAAAAGAAAAACUACUACUUGAUAAUAAGGAAGGCACCAACUGGCUUAUGAGACGAGUACCUAGGACAUUUGAUCUUCGCCAGCCUAGUCAAGUUAAAAGUUUAAAUAGAUGGGGCUGCAAUUCCAAGAAGCAAAAUCCAACGGAACAGAUUCCAGCUACUAAGAAUAAUGCUAAGAGCUGUAUAGUCAAUGCAAAGGACAAACAUUUAACCAUAGACGGUGAUGGGUCAUCUCCCUUGGUUUAUCGCACAGAAACACCGAGAUAUCUUUUGACAAGCGGGAAUUCUCUCCCAGAAACACCGAGAUAUUGUAUGACAAGCGGGAAUUCUCUCACAGAAACACCGAGAUAUCGUAUGACAAGCAGGAAUCCUCUCAUAGAAACACCGAGACAUUGUAUGACAAGCAGGAAUCCUCUCAUAGAAACACCGAGACAUUGUAUGACAAGCAGGAAUUCUCUCACAGAAACACCGAGAUAUUGUAUGACAAGCAGGAAUCCUCUCAUAGAAACACCGAGACAUUGUAUGACAAGCAGGAAUUCUCUCACAGAAACACCGAGAUAUUGUAUGACAAACAGGAAUCCUCUCACAGAAACACCGAGAUAUCGUAUGACAAGCAGGAAUUCUCUCUUAGAAACACCGAGAUAUCGUAUGACAAGCAGGAAUUCUCUUAACUCAGUUGAAUUUAUAAAGGAGGACUUAAUCGACUUGGAAGGAGGCCUAUACCGCUUGGGUCGACCCCUAAAUAAGUCAAGAAAUGAGUUUUCUGUCAUAGGCAGCAAUGAAGCUAGUUCAGUUUUUCUCCCCGUGAAGAAACACUUAAUCAUACUAGAUGACGCUGAUAAGUGCUACGGAUUCAACGUCCACAGUAGGGAUAUAUUUUGUUUGGCGGACCGUCCCAAAACCCCAGGAUUCUGCGCUGUAAGUUUUCGCAAGAAUAUCCACGUUUUUGGUGGCUACAAUAACACCUGCGGUUUGGAAUACAAUGUGCGGCGGUUAUCACGACGAGUUUUGCCAAAAUUCGGUAUACCGGUAUGA